AUGGCAUCGACCGUCGGCGCCGCGGCGCGGGCGCCUGCCACCGGCGGGAAGCCGUCGGUCCUCUACCUUCGCCGCGCCGAUGACGGCCUCGCCGCCGCGCUGCGCGCGCGCUACCGCGUCCACAGCCUUUACGACUCGGGCGCUCCGCUCCUGGCGUUCCUCGCCGCGUCCGCGGCCGCCCGGGGGGCCGGUGAGCCCCCGCGGGCCGCCGUCGUCGUCGGCGGAGGCGCCAUCCAAGUCGACGCCGCCUUCCUCGACGCGGCCCCGUGCCUCCGCUGCGUCGUGACCACCGCCGCCGGCCUGGACCACGUCGACCUCGCCGAGUGCGCGCGCCGGGGCGUCGCCGUGGCCGGUGCCGGUGAGACAUUCUCCACUGACGUGGCGGAUCACGCCGUCGGGCUCCUCCUCGACGUGCUCCGGCGCGUCUCGGCGGCCGACCGGUUCGUCCGGCGCGGGCUGUGGCCGGCGCGCGGGGACUACCCGCUUGGCUCCAAGCUCAGUGGCAAGCGAGUAGGCAUCAUCGGUUUGGGGAGCAUCGGUACAUUGAUCGCGAGGCGGCUCGAGGCAUUUGCCUGCACCAUCUCCUAUCACUCCAGAAGGGCCAAGGAUUCAGCAACCAUCUCGUACAAAUAUUUCCCCAGUGUCAUCAGCCUCGCUCUCGAAUCCGACGUGCUGGUCGUCGCCUGCGCUCUCAACGAUCAGACACGGCACAUUGUCAACAAGGAAGUCCUGGAGGCGCUAGGGAAAGACGGCGUCAUCGUGAACAUUGCCCGCGGAGGGAACGUCGAUGAGGCGGCGCUGAUCCGCGCACUCAAGGGAGGGGGGAUAGCGGGCGCGGGCCUCGAUGUCUUUGAGAUGGAGCCUGUGGUGCCGGCAGAGCUACUCUCCAUGGAAAAUGUGGUGCUCACAGCGCAUGAGGCCGUCUUUACUGUGGAGUCGGCCUCUGAUAUUUCGGACCUCAUGAUCGGGAACCUUGAGGCGUUCUUCCAAGGUAUUGACAAGAAGCGACCGGCUCUAGAGGAGGUUGAUGACACUGACCCAACUAUGAGGGACCUGACUCCCACUGUCCCGAUGCUCAUAGACUUGAUGCAUGUAAUGAGGAUGAUAUGA